AUGAACCUUAAACCCAUAACCAUAGAUGACUCCUUGGAAAUAAAAGAGUUAAUUACCACCUCAUUUCCUAAAUGCCUAAAGGAAAGAAUGCCCAUUCCGGACAAGAAAAAAAAAUCCUUUAUGACUAAAGGAGAGACAACCACUAAUAUAGAAGGAGUGACCACCUCAUCGGAAGGACGAGCUAGAGGUACGGGCUCGGAUAUGGAAAAAACCUUGAGUUACACUCUAAAAGAAAUGCUUGCCACCACCAGAAUGACAACACAACAAUCCAACCCUAAUGCACCAUCAAAAAGCUUUAAUCAUGUCACUAGCUACCAUACUAAGACCUCUGUCGGUGUCCAUUGGCAUGAGCCUUGGCAUCCUAAUAGGAGAAGGGACCAACCUUAUCCUUACAGGAAUAAAAAACUCCUCAACACUAGUAAUAUUGGAGAUAUUCUAAGGCUUGUAAAAAUGGAGAGCUACAAAUCCAGAAGGCAAACAUGUCCCAUUAACAUGUCAUUUCCUUUGGUCAUAAGCGUGACAAGAAUAGAUAGCACAACCAAGAAACAGAGAAACCAGAAAGGGCCAGUUGAUAAACAGCGUCGAUGUAAUGAAGCAGAUGCUGAAGAGAAUGCACAAGCUGCAGAAAUUGAAAGGCGAAUUGAACAAGAAACCAAAGCUGAAAAGCAUAUUCAAAAACUUCUGCUUCUUGGUGCCGGAGACUCAGGGAAGUCAACGAUUUUCAAGCAGAUAAAACUUUUGUUCCAAAGUGGUUUUGACGAGGCAGAGCUCAAGAGCUAUAUCUCGGUCGUCCAUGCCAACGUCUAUCAGACAAUAAAAGUAUUGCAUGAUGGAUCAAAAGAACUGGCUCAAAACGAAACAGAUUCCUUGAAUUAUGUUAUAUCCGAGGAAAAUAAGGAUAUUGGACAGAAAUUGUCAGAAAUUGGAGGCAGGUUGGAUCAUCCACGUCUCACCAAAGAACUUGCCCAGGAGAUUGAAACUCUAUGGAGAGAUGCUGCAAUUCAGGAAACAUAUGCCCGUGGUAAUGAGCUCCAAGUUCCAGAUUGUACCCCUUAUUUCAUGGAUAAUUUGCAAAGAUUGUCUGAUGCAAAUUAUAUUCCAACUAAGGAGGAUGUUCUUUAUGCGAGAGUUCGUACAACAGGUGUUGUGGAGAUCCAAUUCAGGAUUACAAGCCCUGUUGGAGAGAACAAGAAAAGUGGGGAAGUAUAUAGACUUUUUGAUGUUGGUGGACAGAGAAAUGAGAGGCGGAAAUGGAUUCAUCUAUUUGAAGGUGUUACAGCAGAUAGCACUGAGUUGGAGUAUGAUCAAACACUCUUUGAGGAUGAAAACAAGAAUCGUAUGAUUGAAACAAAGGAGCUAUUUGAGUGGGUCCUGAAGCAACCAUGCUUUGAGAAAACAUCCUUCAUGCUGUUUCUAAACAAGUUUGAUAUCUUUGAAAAGAAAGUUCUAAAAGUACCAUUGAAUGUAUGCGAGUGGUUCAAAGACUACCAGCCAGUUUCGACUGGAAAACAAGAGAUUGAGCAUGCAUACGAGUUUGUAAAGAAGAAGUUUGAGGAGUUGUACUUCCAAAGCACGACACCUGAUCAUGUGGACCGGGUAUUUAAAAUAUAUAGAACUACUGCACUUGAUCAGAAGCUUGUGAAGAAAACUUUUAAGCUUGUAGACGAGACUUUAAGACGCAGAAAUCUCUUUGAAGCUGGUUUAUUGUGA